AGCUCUGAAGAGGACAUAAUCCCUUUGGUCAAAGAUAUUUGCCAAACUCUUUCUAAUGGUGAAAAGGGAUAAUGAAAAAUUAACUAAACCGAGGGUGAUGAGGGACUUUCUGCUUAUAUCUGGUGUCAAAAUUCAUCUAAUUACACGUAGCCUGGUAGUAUUUCUCAUGGAGGUUAACCGAUUUUGUAUCCUUUAACUGAGACUGAAUUAGUCUAGACCUAAUAAACAAUUUAACAUGGCCCUUUUGCCUAGCACUUUACAUUUUUUAGAUGUAUUAACUGUAAUAUUACAGUUUAUAUGAGUACUGUAUAUAAGCUUGCAUUUGCAUCAUCUGCACUGCCCUCCAGAAUGAUUGGCAUCCUUAAUAAAUGCCUCAAUAAAUGUACGCUGAACAGGCUGUAUGAGAUAAACAGCUUAAGUAAUGAGCAAUAUUUACUGUGUUUGAGGAAAGCUAAUUAUCAGCAGAUGUUUCGGGUCAGGCGCUUUUGUUGCCCAGCAAUGUUUAGAGUUCACAUACUUCCAAACUGAUUCAUUUAGGUAUGAAUCCUCCACUAAAGUCUCCAUGGCAGUGGCAUACAAAACAAUGUAAACACCUUGUGGAAAAGGACAGUAGUAUUAUAGUUGCACAAAAACAUUGGUUCAAAGGUGGGUCACCUCAUGCUGAGUCUCACAGAGCAGCAUUUUGUCUCAAGUGAUCUAAUCACAAUUAUUAGGUCAAUUUGGUUGAACUGGCUCAGGCCAAGCCAAUUAGUCGCCAUUCUCAGCAAUGAAACACUCAUCAAAGGUUCAAAGCAACAUGAGACAAACGGACAAUUAAAUCACUUUUGCCUAAAUUACAAGUGCUUUGGCCCAAAAAGCCACAACGUAAUCUCAUAUUUGAAGCCUUUAUGAAGUGAAAAAGUGGUUGGAGUUUGAAACUAACCCAACAAGAAUACGACAACCUAAUACGACCCAUCUUUGAAGCGGUUUUUGAAGUAGUUGUAGUAUGGGUACUAAUAUUAUUAUAUAAAGGGAUGAAUUCAUUGUCUUUUUUUCACAUGGAAUACAACUCAUUACUUUUGUUGCUUACCUCAAGCUUAUUUUUGACUUUAUACCAAGGUUGUGUUCUGGAGGACUGUAAUUUUAUUUAAACAAAUCAAAUCUUUUAUUAUAUGAUCUUUCUGCCUCUGGGUUGUGAAUAGGUUGGAUGGAGAGAAAAAAAAAAAGAAUGCUAAAGCUUCAUAGUGACCGAAAAGGCCUUCAAUGAUGACUUUUAUGUAUGAGGUACCUGGCUUAAGCUGGAUAUUAUGUACAUCAAGAGUAAAAAUUGAAUUAAACCUGAAUGACUCAUGGUACUUCUUCUUAGAUUUUAAAGUAUCUGUCUCUACCACACACACCAGGGAGAAGAUUAAGUCUCUAAAUCUAUUCAGUAAAUGAAUUUAGUCUUAUGAGACAGGACAUAAACUCUAAGCUAACCACUGUGGGUGCUUUCUGUUCAUAUUAAGGCAGCCAUCCGAUAUCCAAAAAGAUGAAAAUAAAUACAAGUGUACAGUGUAAAACUAAAACUCUAGCUUGCCUGAUACACAUUAAGUGAUAUUUGUGUUUUAUUUUUUCCCACAGUAAAACAAAACUUUUAAACAAACAGCUCAGUUUACCCCAUCAUCAUCAUCACAGUGCUGUUGAGAGACUGAGACAUCCAGCAGUGAGUAAUCCUCAAUAAAUGCCAUGUGAUUGGUAGCAAAGGAUCUUUUUAAAGUGCUGCAUGCUGUGUGAUAGUGUUAUAUUAUGAACUGUAAUAUUGCACACAGUGCAGGAGAGUGGAGUAUCUUAUCCUGGAUUGAAUGUGGCUCUUUGGGAACAUGCUGCUGACAGUGCACUCAUGCACUCAAAAAUUCACACGCAACAAUAGUGUUUCAUAGGAGUGCUGCUGUUUUUUUAUGCAACAGUUCUCUCAGUGGCCCCUGUGGUGAUGAGGUUUUAUGAUAUUUGGCUAUUUAUAUGUGGAGACUUCAUUUAUGCUGUAUAAUGAGGAUUAGUUAGGUGGAAAAACACUCAAUCCUUCUGUCACAAUCGACUGUUUUUUAUUUUCCGUCUAUUGUUAGUUUUGAUUGCUCACCAUAGGGGGCAGUGUUUGUAUAUUUUCAGGGCUUCCAUUACAUGAAUUAUUUUCAAUCUCUGAAGUAUGGGCUGAUAAAAUAGACACCACAUAACAUAGGGAAUACAUAUGGGAAUAAAGAGGGCAUCAUCUUAUAAUUCCAGGAGAGCUUCUGUCUGACUCUAGAGUCGCUCGGUCGUGAAGUGACAGCUAAGUGUCUGUCAGUCUCAGUGACUGCAGUAUCUGCAGGGGUGUCUCAUGUUGCUGCUUUUCCACCAGCAGCACUCUCCUCCUCAUCAGAAGAGUCAACCUACAGUGUUGAAAGAGAGCCAGCAUCACCAAACAGAUGCUUGGAGGAAGCAGGGGUCACGGCUCCUGCUGCUGCUGCCACGGAUCUAUUGAACACCAAGUUCAAAAUGAAGUGUUUUGUAAAGGGUGAAAUAUUUUUAACUCCUGGCAUUGUGCACUCUUGGGAUCAGAGACUGUUCUGAGCUCCCAGCGCUGUGGAAAAUGCAACUGAGUAACCUUUCUAUUGAAAAUAGCCAGAAAACUAGAGCUGGAAAUGGACAGAAAUGUUUGAGGGAUUGGACAACCACAGUCUCUCUCUCUCUCUCUCUCUCUCUCUCUCUCUCUAAAACCACAAUGCUAGAGGUGACAUACUAAUAACUAAGCUUUAAGGUGCUGAAGCCAUAUUCAACAUUGAUCCCAGCUGAGGGUGGUUGUAAGGUGGCCUCACCCUCAACAGGUGACACCCAGCUGGGACAGAUGGGCAGCAUUUCUCACUGUUUUUAACAAAUGCCAUUGGUGACCAGGUUAGAUGGGAAAUAAAGGCACAAUGAGAGUGCCUAAAAUCUUCUCUAAAAUCUUCCUCUAGCAACAGAGACUGAAAGAUAUUUGCUUUCCUUACUGUAAUAUAAUAUAUUAUAAUAUAUAAUAUAACAGAUUACUAUUUUCUGUCCAAUCACAUCUCUCCGAGGGGCUUGAUUACGCUCACCUGUGUGCGCACUUUACGUCCAGUUGGAGCGGGCAAAACUAUCUGACUGUUAACUGUAUGUAUUAUGUUUCCAAAGUCUAUUGUUACCGGACUGCAGUUAUUUUUGCCCUAAAUCAUGCUGACCAACACAGGCCCAGUGGCCAAACUUUACUUAUCCAUAAUUGAUGAUGUGAUUGAGAGUAUGAGGGAGCUCUUCUUGGAUGAAGGCCUUGAAGACCGCGUCCUGGACGAUUUGAGACAUCUUUGGGAGUCAAAGAUGAUGCAGUCAAAAGCAAUGGAAGACUUCAGGAAAAACAACAUCAACUCAUCCAACUUUGUGCUGCAGCUCCCUGCCAACUACAGUCAGACGGAUCAAGAAGUCACAGCCUCAGUGGUAAUUCCUGCAAGUCAGAAUAUCCACAGUUUCCCAAGGCUCAAGAGCAACUCAGAGACACUUGCUACUUUCUCUCUCCCUGCUGGGUUAGCUUACCCUGUGCAGAUCCCAGCCGGAGUCACUCUACAGACAGCUUCUGGUCAACUUUACAAGGUUAAUGUCCCUGUUGUGGUUACCCAGGCUGCAGCAGGUCAGCAACCUGUGUCCCAACCCACACGUAAAGUCACUGAGUGGAGAGAAGCUGCUGCGCCUCAGUCAGCUGCAGCCCCUUCAAAUACCACUCAUCCUCAGGAGGUGGAGCCAUCCUCUGUCCCAGCUUCUUCUGUCACACAACCACCACAUCCAAAGACCAAUUUACCCCCCGGUCAGGAGAGCAGUCUCCCCCAGCAGCCACAAGUUCCUGCUGCAGAGACCUCGCAGCUCCAGGGGACCCACUCUCCAGAGCCAGAGGUCAUCCUGGAAGAAGACGAGCCGAGUCCACAACCUGAACCUGUGAACCUCAGUAUGACCGCCUCACCCCGUAGUCAGUUAUUAGACUUCCAGAUCAGCACUGAGGAGGCUUUGACACAGACAGCACAGUUAAAGGCCAGAGACAUUGACGACAUCCUGAAAGAAGUGAUUGAGGAGGAGAGAGAGAAAGCAGAAAGGGCGAGGAGUCUAGCGCCUGCAAAGACUGACAACCAAUCUGAGGCUGUUGUUGGGCUGGACUUGGACUACAACUACAGUGAACUGUCGGACAUCGUUCAGCUGGACGGUGCUGCAGGCAACUCUGACAUCGAGGAGGAAGAUGGAGUUCCCCUGGAAGAGAAUGACUUUCUGGGUAUAAUCAACGCAGAGGCCAUAAAGGCCCUGCAGGAAGGAGAUGGGAGCAGCGACGGCAACAGCAUCUCCACGAGCAGCGACAGCGAGGGAGCAGAUGAACUCGCUAAUGUGGUGGAAGAGGAUCCUUUAAAUUCAGGUGAUGAUGUGAUUGAGCAGGACAUCCCGGAUCUCUUUGACACGGACAAUGUAAUUGUUUGCCAGUAUGACAAAAUUCACCGCAGUAAGAACCGCUGGAAGUUUCAUUUGAAAGAUGGUGUGAUGUGUUACGGAGGCAGGGACUACGUGUUCUCUAAAGCUGUUGGGGAAGCCGAGUGGUAAUAAGCUUUAGUUCUCUUGCACACAUCAGAUAAUUAUGUUGAAAGAGGGGUAACUGAUUUAAAAGGGAAAAACAAUCAGUGAAUGUAGACCUCUUGGUGGUGUAAUUUGGCUCACGUGGCAGGCAGUUAAAAUCCCACUGUGCAAAACUGAUACUUUUGUUUUUUUUUUUCAGUAUGUAAUUAUCAGAGCAGCACUGCAAGUCAUUUACGAUGUUACAACCAAUUACUUAGAGCAUUGCUUGUGAAUCCAAUCUACUGAGACAAACAGCAUGAAUUUAUGUUGUAUAAUAUUUUGCUGAAAUAGUUUAUUAGUGGAGCAAAACAUUAUUUGACCUGGAAUGUGUUUUCUUCUGUCAUGAUCAUGUUGCUUUGAAGUUACCUAAUGUGCUGUUUGAUUUUCAAACAUUGUAACUGUAAUAUUUUGCCUUUAAUCAUGCUUCAAAUACACUGAACUGCACUGUUGUGCUGCAUUCAAUUAACAGUCCUCUGUCUGUGCAACCGUGUACAAA